AUGGUACUGAGGAAGCUACCAGGUACUCCGGACUCUGAUCAUAUUUUGGAAAGGACCUUUAGAAUAGAUGAUGUUACAACUAUUGCUAAUUGUAAGAAUCUGUGGAACUCUUCAUGUGUAGAUAUUAAGGGAACAUCUUACACACCCUUACAAGCAGCAAUGAUAUGUAAAAGCACUAGAAUUAUUGACUUUCUGCUAAAUCAGAGAUCACUAGAUGUAAAUGCAAAGAAUUCAAAAGGUGAAAACUCGUUAAUUACGGCUAUUCAAACAAAAGUUGCCACAAGAAUAUUAUUGAACCUUUUCAAAAAGGGAGUAGUACCAACAUUACCGAAGGAAUCAACAGAAUCGUCAUUACUCGAUUAUGCUGAUCCAAAAUGGGAAGGUUAUUCAGAAUUAUCUCGUGCUUUGCAGCGGAAAAAAAGUGCAACUACAGAUAAAGAUGGUGCAACUCUGAAACAUAUAGCAACAGUUUCUAAGGACGAAUUAGAUACUAUGAAGAGAUCAGGUAUAAAUAUGCAAGAUAAUAUCAAGAGCAAUAUAGUUGAUAAUGACGAUUCUGAGUUACAUGAGAAGAGUUCAAAAAAUUUGGGAGAUUUAAGGAGUCCAAAAAACAGUAGUGAGAUAGAUAAAAAAGAAAUUAAAGACUCUCCAGAUACCAAUUUAACUAAAAGUAUCCGGGAUAAAGAAGGUAAAAUAAAUGAAGAAUACAAAUCAAAUAUUUUGGGAGAGCCAAAACGAUACUCAGAAAACAUAACAAAUUUAGAAUCUACUACUAGCAGUGACAAUACGAAGAAUAUGAACUUAUAUUCUUCAAAAGAAUCUAAAUUAGAUACUAACAAUGUUGAUAAAAAUAUCUCUAUUAAAACUAGUCCUAGGGAGGCUAAAUUUCCAAGAUCUAAGAGUUCUGACAAGAAUCAGACUAGUAAUACUAUAUCUACAAACAGAACUCCAAAUAAAUUACAUGAGAAAACCUCACAAUCAGAUUCUCAAGACUCUAAAAUUAAUCAAAACCACAUAUCUCAUUCUUUACAAACUUAUAAAACAGAAUCGAAAUUAUCUUCUGAAGAUACUACUAGGGAAUUAAUAACCACUUUACAGAACAAUAUUUUAAAGUCUGCAGGUGAGAAGAUGAAACAGAUUAAGUCUAUUGAGUCUUUUUCAAGUAAAAAUCAAAAGAAUAGUGUGAAGGUACCUGAGAGAAACAUCGAAAAAUUAGUUGAGGGCAUAGAUCGUAAAACCUUUGAUCUUCAAAAAUAUAUAGGACGCAUUAGAGAAUCUUCUAAAGCUCAUACAACAAACUCUCAAAAAUUAUCUCCUAAUAAUGAGAAAUCAACUGUUACAACGAAAGCAACUGAGAGUUCAAAAAUCUCAGACUCUACAAUGCCAUCUAAUUCAGAAUUAGAGAUUAAGAAAAAGACAAAUACUAAGGAAAUAAAAAAACAGAGUGAAUUUACAGAAACUCAAGUUAAAAAAGUGAAAAAUAAGGAAAAAUCCUUAUCUUCUGAUGAUAAUAAAGAUAUAUUAGAUGUACAGGAUGCUGCUGAAUUUCCAUAUUCUUAUAUAAAACAAGAAUCAAAGAAUUUGGGAACCCCAUUAGAUGUCUCUGAAGCAGUCAAUGAUUAUAUUAGCUACUUAUCUGAACAAUUUACUGAAUCAUUGGACUCAUCUAGCGAACUUUUUUCGUGUACAGUGUGUUUGGGAUUUAGGCCUUGGAAAACUAUUCAGCUAUGGCUUGAAAAAUCUCAUGAAACUGAGGGAAAUAAUAAUAGUAACUCAAGCUCUAGUGCAGAGUAA